CUCCCCUAAUACCGAGUCGGCCGGAUUUGGGGCGGGUCUGAGGAAAAGCCUCCGCUCCCGCCAGCAGAGGGCGCGAUCCCGCCCUCUUUGAAGCCUCCAGCCCGCGAAGGGUCUCAGGCUCCCACGCGCGCUCCCGGGCGCGCCCCCGCUCGCCGCGUCCUGUGACGCGGUCGCGGAACCCGAGCUGCCGGGACUGAGCCGAGCUAAAUUCGUCGCCGGUGGCCGCUGCCGGUGCAACCACAAAGGCUAAUCCGUAGGAGGGGAGGCUCGUGGAGUCGCACUCCCUGUUCCAGUCAGGUCGGCUCACGCUGCCGUCCCACCGUCCGCGGCCGCCGUCUCCCCGAGCGUCUGCAUGAGCUCUCUCGUGUGGGGAAGCUCCGGUGACCAUGUAGGGGGAAAGUGUGAGGAAGCUCCAGACGCCCGGAACGAGGUCAGCGCAGUCGGCACAUCGCCCCGGCGUCCGCCACACCGCCGGAGCGGGUCGCGGGGUCCAUCGGCCCCAGUGGGCAUCCGGCCUCCGCUUGGGGCCUGGCCCAGAGCGCUACAAGUCUCGCGCUGUCUCGCGAGAGGCUAAGUUGAAGGAACAUGGCGACGUCUAAUCUGUUAAAGAAUAAAGGUUCUCUUCAGUUUGAAGACAAAUGGGAUUUCAUGCGUCCAAUUGUUUUGAAGCUUUUACGCCAGGAAUCUGUUACAAAACAGCAGUGGUUUGAUCUAUUUUCGGAUGUGCAUGCUGUCUGUCUCUGGGAUGAUAAAGGCCCAGCAAAAAUUCAUCAGGCUUUAAAAGAAGAUAUUCUCGAGUUUAUUAAGCAAGCACAGGCACGAGUACUGAGCCAUCAAGAUGAUACAGCUUUGCUAAAAGCAUAUAUUGUUGAAUGGCGAAAAUUCUUUACACAAUGUGAUAUUUUACCGAAGCCUUUUUGUCAAUUGGAGAUUACUUUAUUGGGUAAACAGGGCAGCAAUAAAAAAUCAAAUGUAGAAGAUAGUAUUGUUCGAAAGCUCAUGCUUGAUACAUGGAAUGAAUCAAUCUUUUCAAAUAUAAAAAACAGACUCCAAGAUAGUGCAAUGAAGCUGGUACAUGCUGAAAGACUAGGAGAAGCUUUUGAUUCUCAGCUGGUCAUUGGAGUAAGAGAAUCCUAUGUUAACCUUUGUUCUAAUCCUGAAGAUAAGCUUCAAAUUUAUAGGGACAAUUUUGAGAAGGCAUACUUGGAUUCAACAGAGAGAUUUUAUAGAACACAGGCACCCUCGUAUUUACAACAAAAUGGUGUACAGAAUUAUAUGAAAUAUGCAGAUGCUAAAUUAAAAGAAGAAGAAAAACGAGCAUUACGUUACUUAGAAACAAGACGAGAAUGUAACUCUGUUGAAGCAGCAUCAUCUUUGAAGAAUUUUGCUAUAGAGGAAGGUAAAACAUCAAGCACAUUGAUAGUUAAAGUGUUUCACCUUGCAGACUUCUGGGGAGAGAUUGCUAUGGAUUUAGAAGUUGUGCUCAUCUCAGGCAAAAUACAGGAGUUCAUGGCAUAUGGCAAAAAGGUUUUUUCUUCACGGAAGCUAGCAAAAGGAGACAGGGAAUACAAGCUCAUGGAAUGCUGUGUAAAUGCCCUUGUGACAUCCUUUAAAGAGACUAUCUUAGCAGAGUGCCAAGGCAUGAUCAAGCGAAAUGAAACUGAAAAAUUACAUUUAAUGUUUUCAUUGAUGGACAAAGUUCCUAAUGGGAUAGAGCCAAUGUUGAAAGACUUGGAGGAACAUAUCAUCAGUGCUGGCUUGGCCGAUAUGGUAGCAGCUGCUGAAACUAUUACUACUGACUCUGAGAAAUAUGUUGAGCAGUUACUUACACUAUUUAAUAGAUUUAGUAAACUCGUCAAAGAAGCUUUUCAAGAUGAUCCACGAUUUCUUACUGCAAGAGAUAAGGCAUAUAAAGCAGUUGUUAAUGAUGCUACUAUAUUUAAACUUGAAUUACCUUUGAAGCAGAAGGGGGUGGGAUUAAAAACUCAGCCUGAAUCAAAAUGCCCUGAGCUACUUGCUAAUUACUGUGACAUGUUGCUAAGAAAAACACCAUUAAGCAAAAAACUAACCUCUGAAGAGAUUGAAGCAAAGCUUAAAGAAGUGCUCUUGGUACUUAAAUAUGUGCAAAACAAAGACGUUUUUAUGAGGUAUCACAAAGCUCAUUUGACACGUCGUCUUAUAUUAGACAUCUCUGCUGAUAGUGAAAUUGAAGAGAAUAUGGUAGAGUGGCUAAGAGAAGUUGGUAUGCCAGCAGAUUAUGUAAACAAGCUUGCUAGAAUGUUUCAGGACAUAAAAGUAUCUGAAGAUUUGAACCAAGCUUUUAAGGAAAUGCACAAAAAUAAUAAAUUGGCUUUACCAGCUGAUUCGGUUAAUAUAAAAAUUCUAAAUGCUGGUGCAUGGUCAAGAAGUUCUGAGAAAGUCUUUGUCUCACUUCCUACUGAACUGGAAGAUUUGAUACCUGAAGUGGAAGAAUUCUAUAAAAAAAAUCAUAGUGGUAGAAAAUUACAUUGGCAUCAUCUCAUGUCAAAUGGAAUUAUAACAUUUAAGAAUGAAGUAGGUCAGUAUGAUCUAGAGGUAACAACGUUUCAGCUGGCUGUGUUAUUUGCAUGGAACCAAAGACCCAGAGAGAAAAUCAGCUUUGAGAAUCUGAAACUUGCAACUGAACUCCCUGAUGCUGAGCUUAGAAGGACUUUAUGGUCUUUAGUAGCUUUCCCAAAGCUCAAACGGCAAGUUCUAUUGUAUGAACCUCAAGUCAACUCACCCAAAGACUUUACAGAAGGUACCCUCUUCUCAGUGAACCAGGAGUUCAGUUUAAUAAAAAAUGCAAAAGUUCAGAAAAGGGGUAAAAUCAACUUGAUUGGACGCUUGCAGCUCACUACAGAAAGGAUGAGAGAAGAAGAAAACGAAGGAAUAGUCCAACUAAGAAUACUAAGAACCCAGGAAGCUAUCAUACAAAUAAUGAAGAUGAGAAAGAAAAUUAGUAAUGCUCAGCUGCAGACUGAAUUAGUAGAAAUUUUGAAAAACAUGUUCUUGCCACAAAAGAAAAUGAUAAAAGAGCAAAUAGAAUGGCUAAUAGAGCACAAGUACAUCAGAAGAGAUGAAUCUGAUAUCAACACAUUCAUAUAUAUGGCAUAAUUUUUGAAUAUCAUGGAUAAUAUUAAGAACCCGAAUUUUGGAGUGCAUGGGCAGAAAGUUGUAACAGUUUGUGCUGGAGGAAGGUUUAUUUGGACUUUGAUUACAUAAAUAUUAAAAUCUCUGCCUUACCUAACAAAACAACUAUAUUUUGCCAGUCACAUUAGUUAGCAUGAUGGCAUUCCCUUCAUGUUGCACACUCUUUAACAGCAUGCUGUUUUGUGGAGAAUCUUGCAUUCAUGAAGAGCCCGUUAUAAACUUUUAAAAGUAAAUUUGAUUUCUACCCACCAGAAGAAAUACACUUGGGGAGGGUCAGGGCAGGGUUCUUGUUGCUUUUUUCCUUUUUUCCUCUCACAAAAAUGUACUGCACAAGGAAGGAUCUUCAGAUAUUGGUGCACUGAAAACUGCUGUUUUAUUUUGUUUUUUAAAAUGUGAUUAAAACUAGAAAUAGCACUCUUGGUUUCUUUUGAUCAAAAGAGUGAGCUGGUCAACACAACAUGGGGAAAGGGCAGAUGUAGGUGAGAAGAUAAGUAUUUAAUAGUAUCAAAUUACUGGUUCAGACACUGCUUCAGUACAUUAACUAGUUUUAUGGUGACCUAAAAAUGGCAUUAAAUUUUUCAACUUAACAGAUGUUGGCUUUAAGCAAAACACUGCUAUUUUAGUUGUGUGUUAUUAAAUGAUGAAGACUUGAUCUUAAAUUGGCUGGAUAGCUUGGUUUGGAAAAGGGAAGCUUUAUUAAUUGUUGCUUCAGUUGUUUAAAAAAAAAAGUAUGGAGUUAGGUAAUUUUGAUUGCAGAGUCAAAAUAGCAAAACAAACAUAUUAAGUGUUAAUAUUAAACAUUAAUUAUUGAACACUUAGUAUUUAUAUACCUAAUAUAUAUUAUGCCAUAUCCAAAUUUAUUAAAAACAAGACAAAAAACUUCUGCUCUCAUAUAAUACAGUUAUGUAACUGAUCUCUUAAUCUGUAGCAUAGAAAUGUUUUGGUAUUUUAAAGUCUCAUGAUUAGGGAUUUAUAGCCUCAGGUUUUUGGAAAGACAUUCUGUUUUAAAAAGUAAUAAUUAAGUAUUGAGUCACCACAACAUAAAACCUGAAAAGCAUAAGCAAAAUUGUUGCAGUCUUAAUAUGAGCAGUGAAUUUGCCAAAUAGAUGUACAUAUAUAUUUAUAUAUUUUAAAAAUAAACAUUUUUUAAAUGAUCAGAAGGCAACACUUAACCUUGUUCCUUUCAGUCGAUCCAAAGUAGCAACUUACUAGUUGCUGGCAACUAAUUACCCAGAGUAGUGGAGAUUUUAGGACUUGAGGACAUGAACAACUUAAAAGAGAAAAACUUAUUCCCCUUUGGGAAAGAAUGGCUCAAUAUGGAUUUUUAUUCAUUAUGGUGCAUGUUUCAAUUUUUCUUGCAAAUUAUUUUAUAUCUUGUUUUGAUAUUGAGUAAUAUUUUAAAGUUAUGGUAUUGAAAAUAGUAGGAAAUGAAGUGCUGGAGCAUUGAAAGGCAUACAGUAUUAUUGCAGAGUUCUUUUGAAGUCUGUCCCUAAUCCCAGGGGGCUUUGUGAGCUGCCUGCUAAAAGGAAGGAAAGCAAAUUUAAAACAUGUAAGGUUUUGCUAGUUAUAGUGAAAUGCCUAUUUUGAAACUCAUAAAUUGGGAUUUGUUUCUAAAUUAAAAUCUUAUUACUUGAGCCUCUAAGGUAGUAUAUGUCAAUUACUAGACCAACUUUAUUGUGAAGAAUUAAACUAAAUUAGUUCUCACUAUUUUCUGUAAUUAGAUGACUGGUAACAAUGGAUACAUUUAGAAUUUUUGUAAAGUUUGGUAAUAAUUUGUGAUCUUCUUAACAAAUAGUUUAGUAUUGGCUUAUUGCUUAUCCAAUUCAGGAAUGCUGAAGGCGGAAAAGGUGGAAGGAAAAGUUACAGACUGUUUUUAAAGUGUAAGAUUUGUUGUAAACCAUAAUUGUUCUCAGAACAUUUUUGGCAUUUGUAAGCUCUUUGGUUAUUUAAUUUAAGAAUGAGAGCCAUGAUGUUUUGGUUUAUAAAGGUAAAUUUAAGGCAAAAGUAGGUAUCUCCAAAACCAUAGCAAAGUUUUCUAUUAAAUUUUAUAAAUUUUUUAAUAGUUAAUGAUGUCCUAAUUGUAUUUUGGGGAAUUGAACAACAGCAAAUACUGUACUUAAAGUUUUCAUCAUUUUUUUUGUUAUGUAUACAAAACUAACUACUUUUUGGUGUUUAUGAAAACCUAAAUUUAGUUGACAAGGUGCCUAUACCAUUGUUGAAUUUUCUUUAAAUAUAUUUUGAUAGUAGAUUUGCUAAUUUAAAAGAAAAGAAUCUGAAAAAAAAAGACUUAAAGCAGUUUACUAAAGGUAUAGAACACAGUGUGUAAACUUUACUAGGUCUCUUUUCUCAAAUGUACUCGUAAAAUCAGUGCUAUCUGAGCAGGGAUGAAACCUGACACAAGGGAGAAGAAUCUAGGCCAUGAGUAGUAUGGCAACAAGACGCUUCAGAGGUUAAUUUAAGCUUCAAACAUUCAGCUUCUAAUUUAAAGAUGGAGCCAUCUGAAAAAUGUUAACCUUUGUUGUCAUCUCAUUGCCAGAAUUAAGUAAACAUGAAACAGAAUUUACAAAGUAAAAAUAUAGAACACUUAAUGCUUAAAAUGAGAUAAAUAUUAGAACAUUAUUGUUUCAGUGAUUUAAUGAGGAUCUUGAAAUAAACUCUGAAGUCUUCCAAUUUUUACAUUUAUUGGAGGGGUCUUUGCAUUCUGUCAACCUGUUUAUUUAAGUCUCUUACUCUUACUUUGUGCAAAACUGUUAAGAUUUCCAAAUAUGAAAUGUUAGCUUUCUUAUUUUUACUUCUUACUAAAUUUAAUACAAAAUAUGACCAGAGUAGUUAAAAAGUAUUUUGCAUUGUUUGCAAUAGGAUUAGCCCUGCUCAAAGGGCAAAUUUUAAAAAUUCAAUUUGGGUGAAAGAUUUGCUAGUUUUCCAGAAAGAUUUGCUAUCCUAAACUCAAGCAGAUUUUUCUAUUUUCGAGCAAAUGACUGGGAUGCUAUCUUAGAAACUCUUCCAAGGUCACAUUUGUGAAAUACAUUACAUGAGAGCUUUCCUGUCAUCUACACUAUAUAUGUUGUCUGGAGUGUUGAACAAAUUUGAGUUCCUAAGUUGUAAUCUAUCCUCGUUGUGCCACUACAUACUGAGAUGAUAAUGCUGUACAAUUUUAAAUGGUAGCAGUUUCUGUAUGCAGUAGGCUGAAAUAUUUUGAUGAACUGUUUAAUUUUUGAAUUUUAUUUUUUAAGUUGUAUAAUUUAUUUUCUUGCAAAAUAAAAAUAAUAUAAAAGCUUUCACCUA